AUGGGGUUCUUCCCCUCACUUGGUAGACAUUUCCCUUCUUGGAAACCGGUUAACGGGUUCUAUCCCCAAAGAGCUGGCAAACAUCACAACUCUCAAAACCUUAGUACGGUGGAGUUCAAUCAACUUUCAGGAAAUCUUCCUCCAGAGCUUGGCCAUAUGCCCUCUAUAGAAAGAUUUCUUCUCAGCUCGAAUUAUUUUACUGGGAAGCUGCCUGAUUCAUUUGCAGGGCUGAUCACAUUGAAGGACUUUCGGAUCAGUGACAAUCAGUUUUCUAGAAAGAUACCCAAUUAUAUUCAAAAUUGGAAAAAGCUUGGAAAACUAGUGAUUCAGGCAAGUGGUUUGAAGGGGCCAAUUCCUCCUGGCGUUGCUCUUUUGGAAAAGUUAUCUGACUGGAGAAUUAGUGACUUGAAUGGAUCUGAAGAACCUUUUCCACCACUUAAUAAUCUGACACAGUUGAAGACACUGAUAUUGAGGAGUUGCAAUAUUACUGGACAGCUACCUGAAUUUCUUGGGGAUAUGACAACGUUGAAAACCUUAGAUCUCAGCUUUAACAAACUAAGAGGAGAAAUUCCAAGCAGCUUUGCAAGUCUACAAAAAUCAGAUUACAUAUAUUUAACCGGCAACUUGCUAACUGGACAAGUGCCUCCGUGGAUGCUGAAUAAAGGGAACACCAUUGAUCUUUCAUAUAACAAUUUUACAUUUGGAGAAUUAGGGUCCUCAAGUUGUUCACAAACUAGUGUGAACUUGUUUGCAAGCUCUUUGAUUGGCAAUAACUCUGGCCUAGUUCCGUGUUUGAGAAGCUUCCGUUGUCCUGAUCAAAAAUCAUACAAGCUUCAUAUAAAUUGUGGAGGAGAAGCAGUAACCAUUAAUGGAACUACUUCAUAUGACGCUGAUACAGAUCUAGGUGGACCUUCAAAAUUCUACUGGCCAAGUUCCCAAAACUGGGCAUUUAGCAGCACUGGUCACUUCAUGGAUGAUUUUCACUCAAUUGACAAACUUAUAUUCACAAAUUCAUCCAGACUCUCUAUGACCAACCCUGAACUGUUCAUGAAUGCACGCCUUUCUCCACUCUCUCUUACUUAUUAUUCUUUUUGUUUGGGAAAUGGAAAUUACAAAGUAAACCUCCAUUUUGCGGAGAUAGUGUUUACUGAUGAUAAAACAUAUAGCAGCUUGGGAAGGCGUAUAUUUAAUAUUUACAUUCAGGAAGAGCUGGUAUGGAAGGAUUUCAACAUUGUAAAAGAAGCUGGUGGAGUUGGUAAGGAAAUUAUAAAAAAGUUUACUGUUGCCGUGACUAAUAAUACCUUGGAGAUUCGUUUCUCCUGGGCUGGGAAGGGGACAACUGAUAUCCCGGUCAAAGGAGUCUAUGGUCCUCUUAUUUCAGCUAUUUCUGUGGAUCCUGACUUUACACCACCAUCAGAAAAUAGAACUGGUAUAUCUCUAGGUGCAAAGGUCGGGAUUAGCGUUGCUGUUGCUUUUGUUAUAUUUUUGGUUUUAGGUAUCCUCUCGUGGAAAUGUUGUCUAGCACAGAAAAAUAAGACGGAACAAGAUUUAAAGGAUUUGCACUUGCAAACUGGUAGAUUCACCUUAAGGCAAAUCAAUGCUGCAACAAACAACUUUGAUGCUUCAAAUAAAAUUGGGGAAGGUGGUUUUGGUUCUGUUUAUAAGGGCCUUCUGUUAGAUGGCACCAUAAUUGCAGUCAAACAGCUUUCUUCCAAAUCAAAGCAAGGAAAUCGUGAGUUUGUGAAUGAGAUAGGCACAAUUUCUGCAUUGCAACACCCUCAUCUUGUUAAGCUCUAUGGAUGCUGUAUUGAAGGAAAUCAAUUAUUGCUAGUAUACGAGUACAUGGAAAAUAAUAGUCUCGCUCGUGCUUUGUUUGGGCCAGAAGACUAUGAGUUGAAAUUGGAUUGGCCAACAAGACAAAGGAUUUGUAUUGGUAUAGCAAGAGGUUUGGCCUAUCUCCAUGAAGAAUCGAGAUUGAAGAUUGUUCAUAGAGACAUCAAGGCUACGAAUGUCUUGCUUGAUAAAAAUCUCAACUCUAAGAUAUCUGACUUCGGUUUAGCCAAGCUUGAUGAAGAGGAUAAUACCCACAUAAGCACCCGAGUUGCUGGAACUUACGGAUAUAUGGCUCCUGAAUAUGCAAUGUGGGGUCAUUUAACCGAUAAAGCAGAUGUUUAUAGUUUUGGAGUUGUUGCCUUGGAAAUUGUCAGUGGGAGGAGUAACACUAGCAACCUGGCGAAGGCGGGAUUUUUCCAUCUUCUUGAUUGGACACUGGCUUUAAAAGAGAAAGAGAGUUUAUUGGAACUGGUCGAUCCAAGGCUGGGCUCUAGCUACAAGAAAGAAGAGGUAAUGGUGAUGAUAAAUGUGGGUCUGCGAUGCACUAAUGAUUCUGCAGCAGUUAGGCCUACCAUGUCUUCAGUGGUGAGCAUUCUUGAGGGCAAAGCUGUUGUUCCAGGAUUGGUUUCAGAUCCAAGUGUCUCACAUAAGAAAAUGAACGAGGAAAUGUGGGAGCAUUUUCAACAAAGUAAAGAACAUCAUAUAAGUGAGAGCGAGAUAGAGAGUGUUUCUUCUACAUUGACAUAGGCAUCGUUAUUUGCGUGUGAUUUUGUCUUUUACAGUGUUUUAAUUCAAAUCUAUUUUGGUGAUGACAAUUAGCAUGGAUCAAAUUUGUUUUGAAAUAUUCGUUUUUACAGGGGUAGAAAAGAAAAAAGUCUAGCUAUAUAAACCUCUAUAUACAUGGCCACCUCUAAAUUUUGUU